GUGCCAAAGCGAGAACAAACACGUCUGUCUUUUUACAAGAGGCCUUUGUGUAUAAAAGAGCCCUUGGACAAAAACAAAGAUACAAGAAACCCAAGAAGGCUCGCUCGGAUCCCUAUUUAGAUCUAGCUGCGCGAGAAACGGCAUGAGAAUGUCAGGGACCCAACUGAGUGUGAGUCAGGGGGGAGAAGCGGGAGUGACGGCGCUACUGGACCUGUCGGACGACUGCGAGAUCGGCGAGCAGGAGAAGACGACCACGGCCGCCGUGUUCCUCGGUUGCGUCAGCGCCUCAGCCAAGUCCGACACGAGGCUGACUGAAGAGCAAUCCGAGUCGAUGCACAUCGAGCCAACUUCCAAAUCAACUGAGGUCCUUCGCGGGACAGACAUCGGGAAUCGGGUCGUCCAGUACGGCGAUGAGUGGGAGAGAAUUCGUCAGACUCUCACCGACGAUCAAGAGUUUCGAGAUUUCGUUGACAAUGCCGUCAGAGCGACAGACGGUAGACGAGCGUCUGAAACGGCAUUUGAGACUUUUACUACCAUUGCCAACCAGGUGCUGGAGGUCGGAGCCUCAGGAGUAGAUCUCUCACCCUUCCUCCUCUUCCACACACACAAUCACGCGCACACACACGCACACUUUGCCCCCCUCCUUUAUCUCUCUCAUUCCUCCUCCUCUUCUCUUCUUCUUCCUCUUUUGUCCUCUUUCUCUCUCUCUCUCUCAGCCUCGGGUAUAUCGUACGGCAGAAUAGCCACACUCUUUCUGCUGGGCUACGAGUUGUGCUCUGCCUUCAUUCGAAGACACGGGGCAGCACUGUUCCUCAGUUUCAUUGGCAGAAUUCUCAAUUACCUCAUCAGAUUUCUGAAAGACAUUGGGUUCUUUGACUGGCUUGUCCGACACAGUUGGGGGCACCUCACUCCAGACACAGUGGCCUACGCCUCAGGGCUGGGCACAGGUAUUGCUCUGGGAGCUCUACUAGUGGGGGUAGUGACACUGGCAGCUAUCUGGUACGUCAGUCGCAGAUCAAGAUAGCAACCCUCACAUCACUGCUCACCUCACCUCCAAUUCUCCCUCCGUCUGCCCUCAUGUAUAUAUUUUAUUGUCUACCACCAUCAAUGUAUAUACUGUCAUGAUUAUUAUUUCAUAACUUGUCAUAAUUAUUCAUCUGAUUGUCUGAUCAUGUAUAAUUAUUAUGGUUGUCCGACAUUUAUCAUCUUGAGUUAUCUCAAUUCCUUCUUCAUCUCUGACUG